UUAUAAAUCAUUUCUCAUCAUUAGGGUUUCCCUCUCUUCUUACCAUCAUUACUAGCUACUCUAUGAUUAUAAUAUUUUAAUGGGGUGCUAGCUGCUGUGCCAUUUAUUUGUUUGGUGCUGCUGCCCAUCUUCUCAGCUUCUUUAUAUAUAUAUAACCCUAGCUCUUUCCCUUUCCACAUUCCUCAACCCUUUUCUCUUCUCUCUUCUUCUUCUAUCAUAUCCUCCUCGGGAUCUGAUCCACCAUAUCGAUCUCGUCCUUUAUGUAUCACUAAGGUUCAAGUCCCGAGGAAAGAUAAUUUUAUUGGAUUUAUAUAUGCAGGAAAGCUUUGACUGCUUGAUUUUAGGGUUUCCAGUUGAUAUUCACAAAGAAAGAAGAUAAUCUGGUCAUCACUUUCCUUGCUUGCUUGCAUCUCAUCGAUCGACUCUAUCGAAUAAACUGGUUUAAAAGUUGAAGAAGGAAAUGGACGCUUCUUCUCACGUCCCCCCUGGAUUCCGGUUCCAUCCUACUGAUGAAGAACUGGUGGAUUACUACCUGAGAAAAAAGAUUACAUCUAAAAGAAUUGAUCUGGAUGUCAUUAAAGACAUUGAUCUUUACAAAAUAGAACCCUGGGAUCUACAAGAGCUCUGUGGAUUGGGAAUAGAAGAGCAGAAUGAAUGGUAUUUCUUCAGUCAUAAGGACAAGAAGUACCCGACCGGGACUCGUACGAAUAGAGCCACAGCUGCUGGAUUCUGGAAAGCAACAGGAAGAGAUAAAGCAAUCUACUCCAAGCAUGAUUUAGUUGGUAUGAGGAAGACCUUGGUCUAUUACAAAGGCCGCGCCCCCAAUGGCCAGAAGUCUGACUGGAUAAUGCACGAGUAUCGCCUUGAAACGGAUGAAAAUGCACCCAAUCAGGAAGAAGGAUGGGUUGUAUGUAGGGUGUUCAAGAAGAGAAUUGCAACAGUACGGAGAAUGAGCGAGCACGAGUCACCAAUAUGGUAUGAAGAUCAAGUGUCAUUCAUGCCUGACAUGGAUUCUCCGAAACAGCCAAACAUUUCUUACCACUAUCCUUAUUCUUGCAAAAAAGAGCAGGACUUUCACUACCAAAAUCUUUCUAGCUCGGAUCAUUUUCUCCAACUCCCCCUACUCGAAACUCCAAAGAUUCUGCAAGCACCACUGCCUAUCCUCACAAACUGCACUUACAUGCCCGUGCACGGCCUUAAUGUAAACCUUAGCAGAAACAUUAUGCAAUCCUCGUCACUCACACAAGACCAAUUUAGCAUUCCUUCUAAUUCUUAUGAUCAAGGCCUCGAGCCAGUUACAGAUUGGCGAGUUCUUGACAAAUUUGUUGCUUCACAACUCAGUCAUGAAGAUGUUCCCAAGCAAAAUCAGGAUUGUUUGAAUGUCAAUUCAGCCACAUUAGCCAGUAUCAUUUCUGCUGAGGAUGAUGAUAGCUCGAGCUUACUCAUCAGAAAUUUGAAUAAGCAAGAUAUAUUCGAUCAAGAAAUCACCUCAACGUCAACUUCAAGUUGUCAAAUUGAUCUGUGGAAAUGA